GGCUGCUACCACAGUACAGCCCACUCCUACGCACGCAGCUCCUCUCCUCUCCUCUCCUCCUGCGUAGCUUCAGCUGCUUCCGCUUGACACUCACACUGCUGCCUCUCUCUCUCUCUUUCCCCAUCUCGCUAAUCCAUCCGCACCGCACCUAAUCCGGCGCGCGGUACGCGAGCAGGCAAGCAAGGAAUCCCCUCCCCGUAGCGACAACAGAAUCGAAUCGAAGCUCUCCUCGUGGUACACCUACACCAAACCGCAGCGGCCGGUGGCGCUCGGUCUGGGCCGGAUCUGGGGAGGAGGAGGACGACGACGCGGCUGGCGCCGUCUCUGCGAUGCGCGGGCGGGCGACGGGCCGGUGAGCCUGCGGCGGCGGCGGCUGCAGGGUUUGCUUAUAGUGAAAUUCCACUGCUAAUGAAUUAGACAUACGAUAUAAGAUGGCAACAGAGGUCACUCAGAAUUAUUUUGCAUGGUCACAGGAGGAAUCACCUGUGCAAGACAGUUCUCAGGGAGCACCGCAAGUGUUUGAUCAUGGUUCCAUAUCAUUUGGAAGAUUUGAUUUGGAAUCAUUAGCAUGGGAGAAGUGGUCUGUAUUUGCCAACGAUAGGCGCCAUGAAGAGUUUGGUAAGUUCAAUGGGCUAGUUGCUAAGAAGAAGGCAUACUUUGAGGAAUACUUCAAGAGGAUUAGGGAACUAAAGGCUUUACAACAACAAAACCAGCAAACAGAACUUAAUCUAGAGUACAGUGGUGAUGGCAGUGACUCUAGUCAGACAGGAGAGGAUGUGCCAACCGCAGAUCAGGGAUCUCCUUCUGGAUCUGGAGCACUUCUUGAUUCCAUUGUACAAACAGAAGUUCAGACUAUAUUUGAGCACGAUUUAGAAUGCUAUGAUGAUAAUGACAAAGAGAUGCUAGAUAAGGAUACUUCUCCAUCAGUUGGAGGCAUGCGACAAAUUGGGCAACAAUUUAGAGAAAGUGCAAGUUGUGACAAUGAUUCUGACAGAUUGGUGGAUGUGUUGCAGCAAAACACCAAUUGUGGUCGAGAUGAUCUGAGAAUGCCCAGUGAAUCUACAAUGACUCCAAAGAGAACCUUCAAGAAAAACUCCCAGGUUGGCCAAGCUGCAAAAAUAAUGCCAAAGACUGUCAAGAUGACUUCUAGUGAUACUCCGGGUCAUGCAGUUGUUAAUAAGGGAUCUGAUUCUGGCAAAUCCAGUGUGGUGAACCGUAGAGUGAAGACAGAAACUAUUCAGUCAUUGCAAAGGCAAAAAUCAGCAACUAGCAAUGUCAUUGUUGGCACUAUAGGAAGAAGCAAACCUGUGGUGAAAGAUGUCCCUGGUGUAAUGGGUAUUAGAAGACCUUCCUCUCCAGCACUACAACGCCCCUCCACCAGGGAACGACGACCUGCCACCAGAGAUGGUUCACGGAAGCCUCCUGAAGUUGCCACCAUAUGCUGUCCUUCUACUGCUGAAAGGCGCCCUGCCACCCGGGAGUUGGCAGCAAAGCAAACCAACAUGGCUGUCCCGUAUCGACUAUCUACACCCAACAGGCGUUCUAUGACCAAAGAGUUGGCACCAGUGCAUUCAAGCUUUGGUACCCCAUGUCGACCUUCUACAGCUGAAAGACGCCCAAUAACCAGAGGGAUUGCACUGGUGCCUCCUAGCAUUGCUACCACACAUCGACCUUCCACUGCUGAGAGGUGCCCUACCAUAAAACAAAUGACACAAAAGCAUGUUGGUAAUACCACCCCAUCUCGGCCAUCUACUGCUGAAAGGCGACCUGUCACCAGAGAGCCUGCACAAAAACAUGCUCAUGUUGCUACCUUGCAUCGACCUUCUACUGCCGAUAGGCGCCCUAUCACCAGAGAGACUGCACAGAAGCAUGCUAGUGUUGUUGCACUGCAUCGACCUUCUACUGCUGAGAGACGAUCUUUUGCUAGAGAUAUUGCACCAAAGCAUGCUGAUGUCACUCCUGCACGCCGGCCAUCUACUUCUGAAAGACGCCCUGCCAUCAGAGAUACUGCACUGAAGCAUAGUAAUUUUGCUGGCUCAUGUUGGCCUUUGACUCCUGAAAGGCACAUCAGUAGGGGAAGUGCACCGAUUCACGCUGACGUUGGCACCACCCCACACCGCCCAUCUACUGGAGAAAGGCGCCCUAUUGCCAAAGAGAUUAUGCCAAAAUUGGAUGGGAAAACACCUAUCAAGUUGAGAGGCAUGCGGGCUAAUCCAAAAGAUGUCAUGGCUACAAUAGUCACUCCCCAGAAGGCAAUUGCUCAAAAGCUUGUUAAGAGUAGCAAGACAGAAAUGAAAAGCUGUGCUAAAGAAAGGACGGAACUUCAAGUAGUUGGGAAACACAAAGCAAGUUCUGUUAACCUCCCCCCAAGGGAAAUGACUUCAAAUGUUAGAGCCAAUAGAGUCCUAGAAAACUUCAGAAAGCUAAACAAGGAGAGUAUUCAGGAGACAGUGCGAUCCCAAACAUCUGCACCAAAGACUGCAACUCCUUCACAGACUAGAACUAUAAAAACGAGGGCUCCCAAUCCACCUCCGCCUCCUCCCCCGCUGCGGCGACCUUCUCAGAUAUCCAGCAAGGCAAACGCAAAUAAUUUGUCUGUUGGUGGAAGGAAGCCCAAGGCUCCUACUCCACACUGGCACUAACCCAAUCGAAAGUCUGCAAUCUAGGAUCCUUCAGAACAAGAUAGCUGUGAAAAUGUGAAGGAGAAAAACUAAGCACUCGACGCAUCGGAAAGCAUCAGCCGUGCCGUUCCUCUCUCCACGGUUGCUGUUAUCUUCAGUCGUUAGUCGUUUACCACUUACCACCACUUUUGUCACCUAUUUAGAAGUUAACCGCUGUAGUGUUUGUAAAACCUACCUACUUGUAAUAUGUCCAGUUCUCCACUAAUCCCGUAGUUCUGCCGUCCAAGAAUUUACCUAGAACAUUGUAUAUACCUGAAAUAAAUCGAGCUUUAGCUGA